AUGGCCUUGACUCACGGUGAUCUGCGGCAUCUACUGCCCGGUAACUACAAGGGCCUCGUUACAUCCUGGCUGGAAGAGGACUGUCCCAGUCUGGACUAUGGCGGCUUCGUCGUUGGAGAGUCAGAAGGUGAAGCACGCCUACUGGGCAAGAGCAAGGGCAUCGUCGCCGGCGUACCAUUCUUCGACGAAGUCUUCACCCAACUAGGCUGCACAAUCGAAUGGCACGUCAAAGAAGGCGAAACAUUAACCCCAAUCCAGCACUGCGCAACAGUCCGCGGGCCGAUCCGCAAGAUCCUCCUCGGCGAACGCGUCGCCCUAAACAUCCUAGCGCGCUGUUCGGGAAUCGCCAGCAAAAGCGCCUCAAUGCUCUCCGCACUCCGCGCCCAAGGCUGGCAAGGAACCCUAGCCGGAACGCGCAAGACAACACCCGGUUUCCGGCUCGUGGAGAAAUACGGCAUGCUAGCCGGCGGCGCGGACCCGCACCGACACGAUUUGAGCUCGAUGACUAUGCUGAAGGAUAACCAUGUAUGGGCGUGUGCGAAUAACCGGGCUGCUGCCGAUGGGGGAGUAGCAGAUCCGUCAUCUAUUGAGUCGAUUGCGGCUGCGAUCCCGCGGGCUGUGGCGGCUGCUAAGGCUACUGGCGGGUUUUCGACCAAGGUUGAGGUUGAGUGUCGGAGUGUUGAGGAGGCGAAUGCUGCUAUUGGGGCUGGGGCGGAUGUGAUUAUGUUGGAUAACUUUACUGCGGAGGGGGUGCGGGAGGCUGCUGCUUUGUUGAAAAGGGAGUGGGCGGCUAAGAGAGCAUUCUUGAUUGAGGUUAGUGGAGGGUUGACUGAGGAGAAUGCGCCGUCGUAUGUCUGUCCUGAUGUGGAUAUCUUGUCUACGAGUUCUAUUCACCAGGGAACGGGGAUUGUGGAUUUCUCGCUGAAGGUGUCGUUGCGGUAG